UAUAUCUGCAUAUUUUACUGGUUCGAGUUUUCUUCUUCAACGCUGCAACUGUUUUUGUAUAUUUAGAAAGAGAGAGGCUUGAGAAACAAAGUGUGAAGAAGAGGUAGAUCUUGUUGAGCCUUUUUGCAGUGCUUCUUUUCCUCCAUAGCAAUGGCUUCAAAGCUCGUCUUGAUCACAGUCUUUGUGUUUGAUCUCAUUGCUUUCAGUUUGGCAGUCGUCGCUGAGCAAAGAAGAAGCACUGCAACAAUCCAGCCGGAUUCCGACGAUAAUUACAACUACUGUGUGUAUGACUCAGACAGUGCAACUGGGUUAGGCAUUGGUGCAUUUUUGUUCCUCAUGGUCAGCCAAAUCCUUAUAAUGGUGGCCAGUAGAUGCUUCUGCUGCGGAAAAGCUUUAAGCCCCAGCGGUUCCAGGGCUUGGGCAGUCAUCCUUUUCAUCACUUGCUGGCUGUUUUUCCUUGUAGCUGAGUUAUGCCUGUUUGCGGGCUCAGUGAGGAAUGCUUAUCACACCAAGUACAGAACCAUUUUCGUUGAGAACCCUCCGUCGUGCCAGACCUUGAGAAAAGGAGUUUUCGGGGCUGGCGCCGCCUUCAUUUUCUUGACUGCCAUUGUCUCUGAAUUUUACUACGUUUGCUAUUCCAGGGCCAGGGAGACCUUCCCGGCAUAUGGAGGCCAAACCGGUGUGGGCAUGGGAACCUACAAAUGACCUUUUCUAGGGCAACUCAAUGCAAAGUCUGCGCUUUACGUAUAAAAAAUAUUACAUGAAAUAAAUAAUCACAUUAUUCAAUCAUAAACUGUUAUUUUAAUUGUAUAGAUAAAUUAGUAUAAUUUGUUUAUAUGUAUAUUUUUAUUUUUUAUAUAUUUUGUGUUCAAGUUAGUCAUGGACAAGUCAUAUUCUCCAAUGUAUUCAUGUUUUCUUAUUUCUUGUUGGUGAAAUUUGUGUUACAUUUUUGUAUUAUUUUAAUUAAAACUCACAAGUUAAUAAGACUAGUUUUUUUUUUU